CCCACGUGUGUCCCCAGACACAUGAAUCACUGCUGAUGGCUUGGGACCUGGUUGCCGAGGGCUCCUGGGGACCCACCGGGGAGGGGGCAGUGCAGUCACGUCGCCUCUGAAGGAACACCUGCGGACAUAAAUAGACAGCCUGCCAAGGCGGUAGCACACAGCCGGCCCCGCAGCUCUGCACACGGCGCUGCACUGCGAGCGCCAGGAUGCCUGACUCUGUGCUGCCCGCCUGCUUCCUCAGCCUGCUGGCCUUUACCUCUGCUUGCUACUUCCAGAACUGCCCGAGGGGUGGCAAGAGGGCCAUGUCCGACUUGGAGCUGAGACAGUGCCUCCCCUGCGGCCCCGAGGGCAAAGGGCGCUGCUUCGGGCCCAGCAUCUGCUGCGGGGACGAGCUAGGCUGCUUCGUGGGCACAGCCGAGGCGCUGCGCUGCCAGGAGGAGAACUACCUGCCGUCGCCCUGCCAGUCGGGCCAGAAGCCCUGCGGGAGCCGGGGCCGAUGCGCUGCCGCCGGCAUCUGCUGCAACGAAGGGAGCUGCGUGAGCGCCCCAGAGUGCCGCGAGGGUUUUCGCCGCCACGCCAGAGCCAGCGACCGGAACAACGCCACGCAGCUGGACGGGCCCGCGGGGGCCCUGCUGCGGCUGCUGCAGCUGGCGGGGGCGCCCGAGCCCGCCGAGCCUGUUCAGCUCGCCAAGCCCGGCGCGGACUGAGCCGACCCCUCCCGCCGCCCCUGC